CUUUUAAGCUGAUGUGCUAAGCCACGUGUAAUUCGACUAAUAUAUGUGUCUUUCUUUCACCUCACCAGUCAUCGGAAAAUUGAUCAAAUGAAACACAGGGAGACGACGGCAGAGAUACGGCAGCAUAAUAUUUUUUUCUUACAAUUUACAGCUACGGCAAGCCUGAGUGAUAAAUAAGGGUAGAAAUAAUACUUUUUUUUAAAAAAAAAAAAAAGCUUUUUUUGAUCGAUCGGUCGACGAGAUGUCGUUUUCAUUCUUCAAGGCGUCACGCCCGAAGACACCACAAGAAGUGGUGAAAACAAUCAAAGAUAGCCUCAUGGCUCUUGAUACCAAAACCGUUGUUGAAGUUAAAGCCCUCGAAAAGGCAUUGGAAGAAGUGGAGAAGAAUUUUGUGACAUUGAGAUGUAUGCUGUGUGGAGAUGGGGAGGUAGAACCGAAUAUGGAUCAAGUUUCGCAAUUAGCACUUGAAGUUUGCAAAGAGGAUGUUCCUGCUCUUAUGAUUCAAAAGUUACCAAAUUUGGGAUGGGAAGCGAGAAAGGAUUUAGUCCAUUGCUGGUCCAUAUUGUUGAAGCAGAAGGUUGACUCCAGAUAUUGCUCUGUAGAAUACAUAGAGAACCAUUUUGAAUUUCUUGACUUUCUUGUUGUGUGCUAUGAUAACAAGGAAAUUGCCUUGAACUGUGGACUUAUGCUAAGGGAAUGCAUAAAAUUUCCGACACUUGCAAAAUACAUAUUAGAGUCUGCAAGCUUUGAGUUAUUCUUCAAAUUUGUGGAAUUGCCUAACUUUGAUGUUGCUUCCGAUGCUUUCUCUACUUUCAAGGAUUUACUGACAAAACAUUGCACUGUGGUUGCUGAGUAUCUUACUGCACAUUAUGAUGAGUUCUUUGAUCUAUAUGAAAAACUCGUGACGUCUUCUAAUUAUGUGACAAGAAGACAAUCAUUGAAGCUUCUCUCGGAAUUCCUUUUGGAACCUCCGAGCUCUUAUAUAAUGAAGCGCUACAUUCUAGAAGUUCGGUACCUUAAAGUCAUGAUGACUUUGCUGAAGGACUCAAGCAAAAAUAUUCAGAUCGCUGCUUUCCACAUUUUCAAGGUCUUUGUUGCUAAUCCUAGCAAGCCAAGAGAAGUAAAAAUGAUUUUGGCAAAAAACCGUGAAAAAUUGUUGGAGUUGCUUCUUAACCUCUCAGCUGGAAAAGAUCUAUGACAUGGUGUCCUCAUCAGGAGUUGAGGAUGAACAGUUUGAAGAGGAAAAGGAAUUGAUCAUCAAGGAAAUUGAUAGACAAUCUCGCCUGUCAAAUCGUGAUCCUUAGAUCUUCAUCCUAAUUGCCAGCAUUUCCGUUUCUACUCAGAUCCUGUUUCAGGUUCAUGCUAAUCCCGUGAUGAUUGAUUGAUUCCUACAACUGAUAGUUGCGCAAAAUCAUGGUGUCAAAGCACGGUAGGAAACAUAUAUAAUUGAGAAUUGCAUGCCAAUUGCAUGUCUUUGUAAUAUUUGUCGUGUCAGAAGUCUUACUGAAGUACAUCCUGCCGGUUUGUCUUAGAAGUGUCUAGAGUAUUGGUUUUGAAUGAUCAAAGGCACUGCAUUAUAAAGAAACUCUCUACCCCUGUUGCUUUGUGCAUAGUGUUUCAAUGUUAAGGCUUGUUUUAACAUUGAGCAAAAGAUUUAAGUUUGCUAUUCUUUUCUGAUUCAACCAUUGGUGUCUGUAUUUCCUACACCUUCAAGUUAGAGUUAUGUCAACUUAGCAGAAUUCAAAAGCACUGGAGACGAUUUCUUGAUGCAUGUUGAUAUAUCCAAUAAUAUGUGAAUGCCAAGUGCAUUAUAUAUUAGCUA